AGGAAAAGAUAAAAGCUAUGUUAUUUAAUUGGAUUUGGACUCUCUUGUUAGUAUAUGUGAUGGGUACGGGAUCGGAAGUUGAAGUCUUCGAUAUAAAUCACUCAUCGUUGAACUUUUCAAACUCAAAUGGGAAGCCAUACGGUCGAUCAAACCCAGUAGGCCGUGAAUACAAAGAAAAACUUGACGAAGCUGAGUUUCAGAAAAUGUAUGAGCAAGAAAUACAUUCGAGUAUCUAUGGCCUCUUUUACGGUUCUAAUGUCAUAUUGAGUAUUGCUACAAACAAGACUUUGCUUAUCGAAAACUUUUCUAACAUUACUUCUGGCUUUUUACUGGAAUAUAACUUGAACGAGGAUGAAGAAGCUCAUGUGAAGAAUUUCAGAAUCUCUGGGUUACAUGAAAAUACUUUAGCCCAAUUGAAUAAAGAAAAGAUUUCAGAUCAUAUCCUAAAAAAAGAAGAUUCCCAGAGUUGGAGUUGGUUUAUUUAUAUUUACAUUUACAUUGUUGCUGGAAUCAUAAUGAAGUUUAUUCACAUUAAUAGCGGGUCAGUUAUUGUAGCUCAACUACUUGAAUGUCAUCUUUUAAUCCUUUACGCAAUUGUAUACUUUUGGGGUAACUGCGUCAAGGCAGUCCCAGAGACAUUCAGUAAGGUCCAACAUAAGUACAAACAAGGGGACUUUUCAGUCGAGUGAUUGAAUGGAUAUAAUAGAUUCCAGCGUCUUUGAUUGCUAAACUCCAAACGGAAGCACCUGAUGUAUAUAAUAAAAUCUUCGAUAGAUCAUUAGCUUGGAUAACGAGUGACAUUGAAAGCUUUGGUCCUUUAAUAGACUAUGAUUAAGAAUACCGUGUCAUUGUAUUAGAGCAAAAGUGUUUACAACAGCACAUACUGCAUUGAAAUAAAAAAUCAACUGACCUCAAACUAACAGGUACUUCAAAAAUCCAUUAUUAUCAAGUGAUUCAAGCCAAGUCCACCUUCAGGUCUUAUAGAGAUGUUAAUGCAGGCGAUACAUAAAGUUUGCCAAUAUUUCAAUUAGCUUAGUGAAAAAUUCUUUCAC